CGGCUGCUCGAAUCGCGCGGCGCAGCGAGGUUUCACAAACAAGAACCUGUUGUUGAUACCAGAUAUGGCUGAGAAUGCUGAUGAGGACAGUUCCACUGGCAUUGAUUUGAUUUGUGCCUUAUGUGAUAAUGGUGGUGAAAUCGCAAGCUGUGAAGGAAAGUGUCUGAGGUCGUUUCAUGCGACAAAAGAUGCUGGUGAAGACUGCAAAACGUUGGGCUAUACUAGGGACCAGUUUGAUGCGAUGAAAGUUUUUCUGUGCAAGAAUUGUGAACAUCAAACAUAUCAAUGUUUUGCUUGUCAAAGGCUGGGUUCAGCUAAAACAGAUCCUCCUGAGGUAUUUCCUUGUGCUUCAGCAAGUUGUGGGCACUUUUAUCAUGCUAAAUGUGUUGCACAGUUACUCUUCCCUGAAAAUGAAGCAAAAGCAACUGAGUACACUACAAGGAUAAUCAAUGGGGCGAAAUUCGCAUGUCCAGUCCAUAGAUGUGAUGUUUGCAAAUAUGGUGAAAACAAGGAGGUUUCGGAGCUGCAGUUUGCUGUUUGCCGGCGCUGCCCAAAGUCAUAUCAUAGAAGAUGUUUGCCAAGGAAUAUUGCCUUUGAUGACAUAAUUGAGAAUGGUAUUUGCAUUUUACAAAGGGCAUGGGAUGGUCUUCUGCCCAACAAUCCUACAAAGAAGAAGGUUCCUCCUGUCUUUGGAGGUACAAAACGUCAAUCCGAUAGGCCUUUGUUCGGAGAAAAAGCAUUUACGCAGGUCAUCCCCAUUAGCUCGUUCCCUGAGGUUGACAUAAACACGGCGAGGAGGAUUUAUGAGUUUGCACAGGAAGCAUCAUCAGAUAUAACUAUUGAGGAUGUUCAGAAAAAUCUCGUGGUUUCAUCUACGUAUACAUCAUAUAUGAAGAAUACUGAGAAAGUUACACUGGGAAAGGUCGAAAGAUCUGUUGAGGCUGUUAAAACUGCUGUUCAUAUGUUAGAAAAUGGUGCAGCAAUAGAAAGUGCCAAAGCUUUUUGUGCACCAUAUGAACUGUUCCAAAUUUCAAAGUGGAAGAACAAGCUGAACAUAUAUCUUGCCCCAUUUCUUCAUGGCAUGCGCUAUACAUCAUAUGGGCGCCAUUUUACAAAAUUGGACAAGCUUGAGAAGAUUGUGGACAAGCUACAAUGGUAUAUUCAAAGUGGUGAUACGGUCGUUGACUUCUGCUGUGGUUCAAAUGAUUUUAGCACAUUAUUGAAGGAAAAACUUGAAGAUUCUGAAAAGCAUUGCUUCUAUAAAAAUUAUGAUCUCAUCCAGCCAAAGAAUAAUUUCAAUUUUGAGAGACGAGACUGGAUGACAGUUCAACCAGAUGAAUUGCCUGCUGGAUCACGAUUGAUCAUGGGGCUGAAUCCUCCUUUUGGGUUUAAAGCUUCUCUUGCAAACCAAUUCAUCAACAAAGCUCUAAGUUUCAAGCCAAAACUGAUAAUUCUUAUUGUUCCCAAGGAAACUGAAAGGUUGGAUAAGAAAUACCCACCUUAUGAGCUAAUAUGGGAAGAUUGUAAUCAGCUCUCAGGAAAGUCAUUCUAUUUGCCUGGAUCGUUAGAUGCUGAUAACAAGCAGAUGGAUCAAUGGAAUCUAUCACCUCCUCCUCUUUCUCUCUGGAGCCGCAGCGAUUAUGCUCAGAAACAUCACGAGAUUGCUAAAUCAAUGGGGCACCAAUGCAGCAGAAAACCGUGCUCUGGUGAUUCACAAAGGGACAUAGCAGGCAUUGCAUCUAUGAGCACCACCGGUGAUUUGGAAAUGGGCAAUGAGGGGGAGUCAUACAUCCAUGACGAAGAAAUGCAAGGAGAUGGACCAGUGAAAGCCUCUGUUAUUGACCAGCUGAUGCUAGAUACAUACCAUGAUACCACUAGUUCUCCAGGUGACUACUGGACAGAUACCAACGGCCGAUCAGGGCAACCUUGCAACUAUGAUGUCCCAGGAAGAAGUGACCCUCCAAUCCACGAGUAUCUUGCAGAAAGGGCUACGGACUCUGACAUGAGCAUUUCGUUGUCAGGCACUAGUGAUUCUGGAAGAGAAAACCAAACUGUGUCAACCUCUGACGAUGUGCCUACCAAUCCACGAGCCUGCCAUCAUAUUGGAAGUGUAUCUGCGGAGCAACCAAUUGACCCUGCCGAUAGUGAUGAGGUAACAUCAGCUGAUGUCCAUCAUAAUGGGCUGGGAGAGGCAGAUUCUGCACCCGGAGCUGGACUUCAAUACCAAAUCCUGGAAGACUCACCACCCGAGGAGGGAGAGCUGACUGAUUCGCUGCCUGCAGAUAGACAUGCAGCUGGUGUGCCUCGGCUUAUCAUGUGUUGAAGUGGUAGAAGAUAGUACUAACCAGCUGCCUAGGGGCCUCGGCUUAACUUACAGUGAGAGCUUGUUUUGGUGUAUGGCCAGCUUUAUUUAAGAUAUGCUGAGGUUGUGUGGAUACUAAUUAUGUACUGUCAUUGUGGCUGCAUGCUCUUCGGAGCCCCAAUUUUGCCAAGACCGUCCUUUCGUUUAGUCGAGUUGGCAUUGCAUCGGCGUGUUGCCUCC